CUCGUGUGCCACUUACCCAGAGAGAGGGAAGCCAAACCAGGGUACGUGCAGAGGAGAUCGAAUCGGCGGAGGGCUGAAGGUGCUGCUCAAAGCGAAAUGAAGAGAGGCCGUCCGAAGAGUUUGAAGCGUCGAAAGUCAAGUUUAUGUUUGCCAUCAAUGACGAUCUCUAGUAUUUAUUAACUGACCUUCAAGGGAAGGAUUCAGUGAGCAAUGGUUAUAGACAAAUUUACUGGAUCUGUUAAAGGUUUAGCCUUUCAGUCGUUGAACAUAUCUACAAUUUCAGAGCUGUUGAGUAAACAACACUGGUCAGAGCUCAGACCCCUUUUUAGAACAACUAAACCUGCAAUAUUCAUUGACCAAUUGUUCAAUGCGGGGGUUGAUUCAGAGCUUGUUUUAAGGUUCUUUCAGUGGUCUCAGAAAGAGUUUAGAAUUUCAUAUGGUCUUGAAACUACUGCCAAAAUUUUACAUCUUCUAGCAAAUUCAAAAAGGUACUCUAAGGUCAGGUCCUUUUUGGAUAAAUUUGUGAAGAACGAGAAACAUACAGUUUCUUCUAUUUUCCACUCUCUCUUGUCUGUUAGUGUCCGGCCGUAUACAAAUGCUCUAAUAAUUGAUAUGUUGAUCCUAGCAUAUGCAAGAAAUUUGCAAAUUCGUGCUGCCUGUGAAACAUUUAGGCAAUCUCAUGAUUAUGGAUAUAAGUUAUCACUGAUUUCAUGCAAUUCGUUGUUGAGUGGUCUGGUGAAGGAGAAUGAUACAGGAGAAAUGGAAUACGUGUACAAGGAAAUGGUAAAGAGGAGAAUUCUGCCUAACUUGACAACAUUUAAUAUUUAUAUCAAUGGUCUCUGUAAAGCUGGUAAGUUGAAUAAGGCAGAGGAUGUCCUUGAAGACAUUAAAGCCUGGGGAUUUUCUCCAAAUGUAGUUACUUAUAACACUCUGAUUCAUGGGCAUUGCAAGAAGGGCAGUGCUGGAAAAAUGUACAGAGCUGAUGCCAUUUUGAAGGAAAUGCUUGCUAAUAAAAUUUCCCCAAAUGAGAGAUCCUUUAAUUCUCUUAUUGAUGGUUUUUGUAAGGAUGAGAAUGUGUUGGCUGCAAAAAAGGCUUUAGAAGAGAUGCAAAGACUGGGACUAAAACCUAAUUUAGUUACUUAUAAUUCGCUGAUAAAUGGUUUAUCUAAUAACGGGAAGCUAGAUGAGGCCAUUGCUUUGUGGGAUAAGAUGGAUGACUUAGGUUUGAAGCCAAAUAUUGUUACUUAUAAUGUUCUUAUUAACUGGCUUUGUAAGAGGAAGAUGACGUGGGAAGCAAGAAAACUCUUUGAUGAUAUAGCUAAGCAAGGUUUGGUACCCAAUGCAAUAACAUUUAAUACAUUGAUUGAUGCAUUCUGCAAAGACGGGAUGGUGGAAGAGGCAUUUGCUCUGCAUAAAUCGAUGCUAGAAGAAGGGAUUAUUCCAAAUGUUUCAACCUAUAAUACCUUAAUUGCAGGUUUGUGCAGGAACCAGAACGGGAGAGCUGCAAAGGAUCUUCUUAAUGAAAUGCUGACCUAUGGCCUAAAAGCUGAUGUUAUAACAUAUAACAUCUUAAUAGAUGGAUGUUGCAAAGACAAUGAAUCAAGUAAGGCAGAAAAAUUACUUGGUGAAAUGCUCAACGUCGGUGUCAAGCCUAAUCAUAUAACGUAUAAUACUUUGAUGGAUGGAUAUUGCAUGGAGGGAAAUGUGAAGGCGGCAUUGAAGGUCAGGACCCAGAUGGAGAAAGAAGGGAAGUGGGCAAAUGUUGUUACUUAUAAUGUACUGAUUAAAGGAUUUUGUAGAACAGGUAAGCUAGAGGAUGCAAACAGGCUUCUUAAUGAGAUGUUGGAAAAAGGUUUGAAUCCGAAUCGAGUUACCUACGAUAUUGUAAGAAUGGAAAUGUUGGAUAAAGGUUUUAUUCCAGACAUAGAAGGGCAUUUAUAUAAUAUUUCUAGCAUGUCUUGACAUGAAAGAAAUUUCAUUUUUAGUGUAAGCGUUGGGUUUCAUGAAAAAAAUUUACUGAAUUGGUAUA